AUGGGUAGAAGAAAAGUAAGACACCGAUUGAUUUCUGACAACUCCACUCGUAGAGUUACGUUCAGAAAACGCAAAGAUGGCCUACUGAAGAAGCUCAAUGAGUUAACCAUUCUUUGCGAUUUGCAAGCUUGCGCCAUCAUCUACAGUGACUACAAGGAAGGUCCUGAGGUCUGGCCAAACCGUACAGAGGUUCGUGUUCUUCUAGACCAGUUAAGUGCACUGCCGUUAGAGAAACAGACCAAAUACAUGAUGGACCAAAAGGAUCUGAUGAACAGGAUGAUCCAAGACGCAAAGAAGAAGUUGGAGAAAGAGCAGACGCAUAGCCGUGCGAUGGAACUUGGGCUGAUUGCUUCGUCUAAUGUACUCAAAGAUGCUGAUCAUUCUGAGGAUCUGAUCAAAGCAGCCGAAGUGGUUGAGAAAAGGAUCAGUGUGAUCAGAGAGAGAAUCCAGGGUUUAGAAUGA